GUUACAUCAGAAUGCUGGUGAUCUGUGCAUAGCCCGUGUUGGUCAUCUUGAGGGCUGCGAAGCUGCAUGAGCAGGACUUAUUCCUGCGUUCGUCUGAGAAUGGAAUCGGAAGAAUCUGCGCUAUGAGGGGAUAGAUUGAGUUGCAGUCAAAUCCAGGCUCAAGACAUAAAUUGGGCCUCCUCCCUGAGGGCAUUCUCGCUAGCAUCAGAGCAACAAGCAACCAAAUAAUCAAACUUCUCUUUGUGUAUCGCAGACUCGACAAGCCUUGACAGAAUGGUUCGAAUCAGCCUUUUUGGGACCGCACUGUCUCCCAUAGUUGUCUUUGGCCUUGCAACUUGCGCAGUUGCUGUUGUGGAUAAGUGGACCCCAGAGAGCUUCAAUUGGAGUGCUCUGGACCCAGGCCCUCGGGAGAACUGGAAGGGUCUCUAUCUGAACCAUAAUGGCACCGCGGAACACAUCCAUGAACUAGCAGUGACCACCGGCGCCGAUAUGAGAACGACCGACGACGUUGCUCUCGUGGUGGCUCCUUGGGCCAUCGGUCUAGCAUGGCAUGCCUUCAACCUCGUUCUCACCGGUGCUGGCCUGGCAAGCACCAUAAAUACCUGCGUUCAAAACGAGGGUCAAGCCGACAAUAUCUUCUACUGCAUCACUGGACUGCUCAGCACCAUCAUUGGUGUGGGUGGCGAGGUGUCCGCAGCCAAGAAGUUCGCUGAGUCGAAAGGGUACUUGGGGGUUGCCGCAAAUGCCUGGCUGCAGUCCGGUCUCGAACAGAUUGACCUGCAAACCUUUUCGCGGGACCUGGACAGCCUGCCGGCGAGAAAUAUGACUUCACAAAAGGCCCACAAUCACUUCGUUCAUAACGCUUUGCGCAGCCUGUCAACUGACGAAGUGGACUUCGUCGGAUACGCACCCGAUUCUCAUAAGUUGGCCCGCCGUGACUCCAGUGUUCAUCCUUUUGCGCCUAUGUUCCGUUUUAACCACCACAAAUAUGGCCCAAUGGAGCUCACCUCUCGUGAUACUGGCGAAGGUGGUGUGCAUUUUACCAUCUCCUACGCGGGUCAUCCCACCCACCACGCAACACAGGAGAAACGCGACGAGUUUUACAAGCAUGAGCGACUUAACGAGCACUUGAUGGAGGGCCGGUUUGAUUCUGAUGCCUCUAGCGCUGACCCGGGCGAUAUCACUUUCAAUGGAGCCGACGCCUUUGGCCAAAUUGAAAGCCAGGUUGAGUGUUUUGCAGGUACAAAGUGGAAUGAGGGCAAUGUGUUGUCCGUCCAGAUGUAUGACCAAGCCAACCAUGCGACUUUCGGGUUUGCUUCUAUUGGGAUUUUCCCGGACAACAGUGUGGAUUCUGGACUUCAAGGCUUUGAGCCUCAGGGAAUGCCUUUGACUGGCGGUCAGAAUUGUUAGGUUCGGUGCUCCAUUGGAGGCGUACCAUUGUGAAGGAAUUACUCAUUGGAGAUUCAAGUUCUGUAGGUUAGAAGGUGGAGGAUUAGUCAAAAUGGGCAGUUGAAGAUAGGAACAUGAUAGCGUCAAAUACAUACAUAACCGAUGAACGGGGAUGGCCUCGUGAAGGGGCAGUUCAUGGCACUGAAUUUUCGUAUGCCUUUCAUCUCAAAUGUAGCUAAGAUAUAAAACCAGGAAGGAGAAGAUAGGUGCGAGAGAGUUUGCAAGUAACGAGGCUGGAGUUGAUUCCACCUAUGAUAUAUACCUAUCCUGUUAAGCGGGACAUCAUCAACGUAGAUCGAGGAUACUGAAACCUCUAAUCAAAAUCCAUCUUGAUCACCAAAUAGAAUAUUAAAAGGACAUUAAACAGGUGGUAG